UAAAGAAAAGUCACCAGACUGUCAGAGUGGAAGGCAAAAAGCUGGUAGGUGGACAUUUUCUUUACCUUCAAUGCCAAAAAGGUAUCACUAGAGGAAUAGGACAUGAGAGCAACUUUGGGACAUGAAGUAUGUCAAUAUGCUCUUACCAAUACUUUCCCUGCCUCACUAGAUAAUGGAUUUCCAACCAGGAAUGGAAAGUUUGGAUCCCAACUCAACCAAGGACUCAUUGCUGGUGAAUUUUGAUGGAAUCCCUUACUGCAAGGAAACUGUGAAGUAUUGGGAGGAGAUACAGAACUUUAAAGCUCGGCCUGAUGAUGUUCUUAUUUGCACUUACCCCAAAGCAGGGACUACUUGGAUGCAGGAAAUUGUGGAUAUGAUCCAGCAUGGAGGAGACUCAGAGAAAUGUGCUCGGGGCCCCAUCUAUCAACGUUGUCCCUUCAUAGAGCUGAGUUUUCUACAUUCCAUCCCUACAAGCAUUGAAAAUAUAGAGGCAAUGCCCUCUCCACGCACAUUCAAAACCCAUUUCCCAGUUCAGCACCUACCACCUUCCUUCUGGGAACAGAACUGCAAGAUUAUUUAUGUGGCCAGGAAUGCCAAAGACAACAUGGCUUCCUCUUUCCACUUCCACAACAUGACCAGUUUACUUCCGGACAGUGGUAGCUGGGAUGAGUUUAUGGAGAAUUUCAUUGCUGGGAAGGUUUGUUGGGGCUCUUGGUCAGAUCACGUUCAAGGCUGGUGGAAGGCUAAGGACUAUCAUCCAAUUCUAUAUCUCUUUUAUGAAGACAUUAAAGAGGACCCAGCCUGUGAAAUCCAGAAAAUAGCUCAAUUCCUGGGAAUAGAUCUCUCUGCAUCAGUUCUCAAUCAGAUUGUGCAGCACACAAAAUUUGAAAACAUGAAAACAAACCCAUUGGUUAAUCACAGCACCUUGCCCUCUCUGUUUGACCUAAAUGUGUCCCCCUUCAUGAGAAAAGGAAUUGUUGGAGACUGGAAAGAGCACUUCACCGUGGCCCAAAGUGAACGACUGGACAACAUCUGUGCUCGGUUAUUUGCCAUCAGCGGUCUCAGCUUUCGCACACAGUUAUAAGCACAUGUCUGGACCUCUCACCUUCCUGGCAGCUCACAUAGAGAAUGCUCAUCUUAAGUAAUCUAAAAAUACAAAUCAGGAAACCACAGUAGCGUCCAGUUAAACCAAAGUAUAUAUGUAGAAUUUUCUCUCUUUAUUUACUUCCAUGCCUUUGUAGCCACCAGUGAAUUUUAAUGCAUUCUGUUCUGAUAUUAUCACAAAGAACAAGUCAAAUAUACUGAGUGGUGGGGAUGAAUUCAGGCACAUACUGCAGGUUUGCCAAUCAUGAAGAAAGUCUUCAUUUCCUCAAAUGAGCAGCUAUCAUUCAACACAUCUCAAUAGUAGGUAGCACAGUUAGUACUUUAUUUCAUAGGGCAGGCAAACUGGCAUUGCAACUGGACUGUCACCAAAGGUCUCUAUUGCACAAUGCCCUGUGCCUCUUCCAUGUAAUUAGCUUGUCCAUAUAUACUGACCAGUAAAAUGUGUCAUAUCUCUCAAUCUCAUAAGAUUCCCUUCAUCUACCUUGAUAAAAUGGGUCCCUUCUUCUAUGCCAAAAUGCCAGCAAUAAAGUGACACCAUGGAGUGAGUGUCUUCUUCUCUCCUCUCUCUUCUCCUCAGUACUGACAACCUUUCUGGUUUGCAUUUAUUUUAGUUUUUACAGAGUUUUUUUUUUCAAAAUUAAAAUUGUGGAAUUGCUCAAAAAAUAAAAGUAAAAAUGAAGCAAUCAUAGUAGGGAAGGAAGGGAAGGUUAUGAGGGUAUGUGAAAAUCUAAUCAUGGAAUCAUGUAUUGGUGAAUCUUGCAAUUGCACAAUUAAAUAUCAAAAGCGUGCACCCCAGAAUGUAUCUGCUAUGAGUGAUUUCUUGGGUGCAUAGCUGCAGUUAUAUGGUGGAGUCCUUAGAGAUAGGUGGUUAGAAUUCCAUGGCCUGUUCCCUCUUGUUUUAUCUGUUUCUUCCUUGUCUAUAGGGUGAAAUACCCAAGUCUAACCAGCAUUCAUUCCUUCUCCCCUUGAGAGUUUUCAUCAAGUAGCCAUCUUCAUAAUCAAUAAAUGUUUUUUCUACUCUUAUAAAA